GUCGGCAGGAACCUUAGUAAACAGGGUAAUUAGUCAAACGCCAGACCCACGACGGCCCACAACUCGCAUAACCACCCUUGCAGAAGUUCUGAGUCGGACUUGUAUCCUUCGACUGCAUCAACCACAUCCACGUAUGUCGCCCGUCGAGAUACACAAUUGAUCUCUAGCCACCUUGUCAUUGCCAAGUACUGUUUGUCGUUCUAUUACAUCUGACAAACGGUGUCGCAACCUAUCGUCAGCCUUUGUCAAUGAGUUUUCAACGUCCGAUUCUUGGCGAUCCUUGGGAGAAGCUGUCCCAAGUCGCUGUAUUGGGCGCCGAGUAUGACUCUCCUGAACGCCAGCCCCAUCCGAGACUUUUGGAAGGGUCCUGGGUAGAUCUUAACAACUGCAUCCUCGAAUUAUUGGACAACCAGACGAAGAAUCAGCUCAUUUGGCUUCAUGGCGCGAUGGGUGUCGGAACGUCUGCUAUUUCAUUCAACGUGGCUGAAGGGAUGAAAAGUCUGCAAGUGACUGCUGAGACCAAACUUGAAGUGCGGUUAGGAGGGACAUUUUUUUUCUCGCGCGGGCACGCGAAACGCUCCAUGAAUGGAUUUUUUUUCGCGACGCUUGCCUACCAGCUUGCCAGGAAUUUUCCUAGCGUGCGGACGGUGGUGAACGAAGCUAUUCGCAAUCAUCCCGCUCUUCUAGACCCCGGCGCGUCUCUUCGCGACCAGAUGGAGGCGCUCUUUCUCCGACCUCUCAGGGCACUGCAGUUCAGGCUGCGUAACUGUCCACCUAUAGUAUUUAUUGUUGAUGCCCUACAUGAAUGCACAUCCAAACAUGAAGUUGCCGAUCUCAUAUCCCUGCUCUGCCAAGUGCUUCGUCGACCUGAUUUGCCCCGGUUCCACAUCCAGUUCACGAGUGGCUCGCAAGCACAUAUCCGUGAAGCCUUCCAGAAAGAGGAGAUGCGCCCCCUGCUGUGCGAGAUACGAGGAGGAUCUUCGGGAGAGCUUCUCGCCAUAAACAUGGCAUCCCGUGACGCAUGCAUACCUGGAGAUUUGCCGCACAUCCUCGAUAUAAACACAACAACGUACAAUGCGUGCAUAAAUGGGGACUUACCAGCCGCCGAAGGACUGUUGACUCAAGAGAUUGACACCGAUAUCAACAGCCACCGCGCCUACGCAAAUCGCGCAUUUGUUAUGGCACGAAAAUAUGACUGGGACCAUGCACUUGAAGAUGCACUUAAGGUGUGAUGCACUUACCCAUCGUUGGUCCCUGUAAGAUAGAUUAACUUUCAUGGUGACGCAGUCCCCCUAUAUUAGACAUUACAUGCACUAUGUAUACGAUCCUCCUCGUUUUCCUU